AUGGAAUACAAGCGCAUUACGAGCUUCAUAACAAGAGUUCGCUCUCUCGAGUCCACCGAAGAACAGCCCGAGCCACUCAUCCAAGUCAGAAAGUAUCCGGUAUUCAAGGACAAAUACUGGGAGCCAUGCCUCAUGUUGUAUCGAGCUCGCAUCCCCUACAAGGUCUGGAGUUAUCGCGACGUCCUUCUUGCGUAUGGCGCUGCUCACAAUGAGGGAUUCCGAGAACUGCAUCUCCUCGUCAACGACGUAGAAAAGGCUGCUCAGACUCUACAGGAAGGUGGAUACCUUCGCACAGGCCUGAGCCACCUCCAGGGUGACCUGGGGAUACCUGAAAGCGAGAUUUCCAAGGCGUGUCGGCUGGUUAGUCCGACCGCGCUUGAUGAAGGGAUCGCUCAGAUCCGAAGACGGACGUCCCGCGAUCCGGCGGAGAUCCUUGCGGACAUCCGCAGAGGGCACGAAUGGCUUUAUGUCCGGGGGGUGGCAUUGCUCGCGGCAGAGAGCUGGGCCUACGAGCCGAUUGGACCAGAGGACGAGGAGCCCAUCCCCGAGCUACACGAGUACUUCAACUCUCAUGUUUCCCUGUGGCUUGCCGGCAGUUCCAAGAAGCGUGUGCAGGACAUGUAUGUCCAAGAUGUUAUCGCGAUCAUCAUCACUGAGCUUGAUGAGGCCUGGACUGUGGGAUUUGAGAAGGGUGUUAGGGUGAUUUACCGGCCUAUACUCUUUGAUCUAAUGCGGCAGAACCACGAGAAACUGGUCGGUCGUCUCCGAGCGUGGGAGCUGGGGACGCGGUUGUUGUCCUAUGAGGCGUAUCGUGAUUAUCAUCGGAGUCGAAUCGAGAGGGAUAUGAAUGUACAAGAUCUACCGUGUCCGUUUUGGUCGCAUGGCGCUGUCCGCGAGCGGCCCAGAUUGAUGAUCGAACGGAAAGUCGAGAGAAGCGGAGGCUGCCCCGACGCGGUAAUAGGGUACAGGGCCAUCCUUCCGAGCUUUACUUGGCUUGUCAAGAUUCCAGCUGGGAAAGGAUGGAUCCAGAUCUCGAUGAAUGUUUUCCAAGUGAUUAAGAACAGACCCAGCAAGCGAGCCUUGGUAAGGGACUGA